GGAGGAUCUGGCAUCCGCAUGGAGCAGCUUGGACGGCUCGGCCACAUGGAGCAGAGGCACGGACUGCGACAGCAUGGCUGCUGUGUACUGCGACGACGACGGCAUGUCGUUGCACUCGAAGUGAGAAACGGCAACAUAUCAGCGUCUAUUCCUGAGAGCAUCACCGCCCUGGAAGAACUGUCAUGGCUUUACAUCAAGUCCAGUGAGCUCACUGGCUCCCUCCCCCCUGCUCUCUUCACUCUGCCCAAUCUCGUACACGUGCUUCUGGAUGCCAACCAGCUCAGCGGCACCCUGCCCUCCUCCCUGGGCAGCCUCUCUGCGCUCGUCAACCUCAUUCUGAGCACCAACGGUUUCUCGGGCUCCAUUCCGAAUUCCCUCAGCAAACUGACGUCGCUGGAGUACCUAUACUUGGACGCCAAUGCGCUGUCUGGCUCCAUCCCUGCCUUUAUCAGCAAUAGCCCUGGCCUCAAGCACCUCGUGCUGCAGUACAAUGGGUUUACAGGGCAAAUACCGGACUCCCUGGGCAAUGUCACCAACCUGGAGGCGCUGCUUCUGGAUGCCAACCAGCUCAGCGGCACCCUGCCCUCCUCCCUGGGCAGCCUCUCUGCGCUCGUCAACCUCAUUCUGAGCACCAACGGUUUCUCGGGCUCCAUUCCGAAUUCCCUCAGCAAACUGACGUCGCUGGAGUACCUGUGAGUGGCACCCUGUCACUGCGGCCGGCAGAUGACUGUAAAAUCAACUCAAUAGUCACUGCAGUACUAGCGCCCCUGUUACAAUUGCAGUCCGCAGCAAAGCAUGCC